AGAAAAGAGCUACCUAUUAUAUCAAAGUUGAAUUUUGAGUCCAUGUACCCUAUUAAUUCUUUAAAAAGUUUGAUUUUGAUUGAUUCUUGGAAUAGAAAGUUUCCAGUGUUAUGAUGGAAUCUUCAAAUGAGGCUAUAAAUGUGGCAAGUAAUCAUGAACAAACUUCACACAAAAAAGAAGAGAUACUCACUGGUAGUUCCUACCAUGAUGGAGGAGGGUAUUCUAAUCUAACCUCAGGUGCAGAUAGCGCUGAAAAUGAGAGAGAGAUCAAUCCUGAUCUCGAGGAAGGAGGAGCUUUGCCAAUCAGAGCUGAGAAAAGUGGCAGGCGACGUGGCCGACAUCCAAAUUUUGCAUAUGGUACUGCACCUACUACCGCCGAGCAAGGAGAUCUCCUCCCUUCUGAAACAGAUGAAGAUGAUAUAUUCCAAGAAACUGAAAGACUGCUUUCUCAUGACAGACGAGGCUUUGAGGUGUCUGGUCAUCAUAUAACCUCACCUUCGAAGUCGAGUAGUAACCAAACUCUCAUCCAUCUCAUCAAAGGCAAUCUUGGAACAGGUAUACUUGCUAUGCCAGAUGCCCUUAAGAACUCUGGUCUUCUUACAGGAUGUUGCCUAUUGCCUAUUAUUGCUCUUAUAUGUGUUCAUUGUAUGCAUUUGCUAAUCUGGACUACUAAUGAGCUGCAAGCCAGACUACAAUGCUCUAGUCUCACUUUUGCCAUGGUUGGGGAAGCUGCAUUUGCUUACGGUCCUCGACGUCUUCGGUUUCUGUCAAAAUUUGCGCAUACUUCCCUCAACAGCUUCCUCGUAAUUACCCAGCUUGGAUUCUGCUGUGUGUACAUCGUCUUUAUAGCGACCAACAUUAAGCAAGUUGUGGAUGUUUUAUCUCCGGGGGCUGUGUGGGACUUGCAUGCUUACAUUGCAAUCGUCAGUUUACCAAUACUUGCGCUAUCAAUGGUCAAAACUCUCACGAAACUUUACUACCCUUCUCUUGCCAGCAACGUUUUGAUAUUGGUUGGCUUGGUGUUAAUUUUGACUUAUUUACUGCAUGAUCUUCCUAAUGCAGAAGACAGAAAGCAGUUUUCUUCUUGGGAAGACUUGCCACUGUUUUUGUCCACUAGUAUCUAUGCCUUUGAAGGGAUUGGUGUUGUACUUCCACUGCAGCGAAAUAUGCAAAAUCCAGAAGAUCUAGGAGGCAUCAAUGGCGUAUUGAACACUGCCAUGGUUCUUGUGACUUGUCUAUAUAUUGGAAUGGGGUUCUAUGGCUACCUCAAGUACGGAGAUCUAGUGCAAGGAUCCAUCACUCUCAACCUGCCAAGAGAGGAGCCUCUGGCCAUGAGCAUUUCCGUGAUAUUUGUCGUUGCCAUUUUCUUGACGUACGCACUCAUGCUAUACGUGCCCGUCGAGCUCACUUGGCCGCAUCUGGUGGCAAAAUUUUCGCGCUACACACGCCGCAAGAACGCGAUUUACGUCUUCAGGGCGCUGCUGGUGCUGGUUACGCUGAUAUUUGCGUCCAUUGUUCCACACAUCGGGCUCUUCAUUUCCCUCGUGGGGGCCAUGGCGUCAUCAACGCUUGCCCUCAUCUUCCCUCCGCUGCUACAUUCCCUUACUUUCUAUGACACGAUAAGUUGCUUGAGCCUGACCAAGAAUAUGCUGAUCAUGGUGUUUGGCGUGGUGUGUUUCGUGACGGGCUCCUACUACAGCCUCGCAGCCAUCAUCAGGGCGUUACAGCAUCCUACUGGCGGCAAUAUCCCGUUAUAAGGAAGCUUUUAUCCGCCGCCUCGCUCGAGUUUGUGUUCACAUUAUAGGGUGAUGGAAAAGCUGUACUGAUUAUCCAUGCAAUUUAAUUUAAAAAUUCUAAUAACUUCGUCGUGCAGCUACCGUUGCUGGCCAUCAAGUACGAGUUUUGCAUUUCGUUUUUUUACGAUUUUAAAGUAUUAUUCUCUCUGUCGGUAUCUGAAAAUGACAUGAAACUUAGCAUCAAUAUUUUCGCAGUUUUCAAGCUUAAUAAAGCUCAUACAUUCUGCUACUGAAGAACCACCUAGUGUUUGUAUCUCGAUGAAAAUAAUUUCUUAGCUCGUCAGCUUCAUAAUUCUUGCCAUACCUGUCCUUGUAGUGAACAUUCUAAUGUUUCAUUUGUGUAGCAUUUGUUCGUUCAUUAUGCCAAGUCUCACGAGAGCUGCCGUGCUGUUUACGAGCCUCUUGCUGAGCGGAUGCUUUGGGUCCUGCUAGUGUUUCAUUCUAUUUGUAGC